GGGCUGCUCAAGCCCGAGGCUGCUAGGGAGAGGGUGCAGGUUCGCUGGGCCCAUCUGGCGGAGCCGAGCAAGGGAAAUGGUCCCCGCCCCGCCGCUCGCCAGUUGAGGAGGAGCCGCCCUGGCCGGGUGGCAGUCCAGCCGCGGCGCGGGGCGCGGGCCAGAAGGGGCGUAUAGUCCUCCCGUGCUGCUGCUGAAUGUCGACUCCGGAGGAUGAGGAGAGGCUCUCGCCGCUCGCCCAGAGAUGGCCCCGCGCGAGCAAGUUCCUCCUGUCGGGCUGCGCGGCCACCGUGGCCGAGCUAGCAACCUUUCCCCUCGAUCUCACAAAAACUCGACUCCAAAUACAAGGAGAAGCUGCCCUUGCUCGGUUGGGAGACGGUGCAAGAGAGUCUGCUCCCUACAGGGGCAUGGUGUGCACGGCCCUGGGGAUUGUCCAAGAGGAAGGCUUUCUAAAGCUCUGGCAAGGAGUGACACCUGCCAUUUACAGACACAUAGUGUACUCUGGAGGUCGAAUGGUCACUUACGAACAUCUCCGUGAAGUUGUGUUUGGCAAAAGUGAAGAUAAGCAUUAUCCCCUUUGGAAAUCAGUGAUUGGAGGGAUGAUGGCUGGUGUUGUUGGCCAAUUUUUAGCCAACCCAACUGACCUAGUGAAGGUUCAGAUGCAAAUGGAAGGAAAAAGGAAACUUGAAGGAAAACCAUUGCGAUUUCGUGGUGUGCAUCAUGCAUUUGCAAAAAUCUUAGCUGAAGGAGGAAUACGUGGGCUUUGGGCAGGCUGGGUACCCAAUAUACAAAGAGCAGCGCUGGUGAAUAUGGGAGAUUUAACCACUUACGAUACAGUGAAACACUACUUGGUUUUGAAUACACCACUGGAGGACAAUAUCGUGACUCAUGGCUUAUCAAGUUUUUGUUCUGGACUGGUAGCUUCUAUUCUGGGAACACCCGCUGAUGUCAUCAAAAGCCGAAUAAUGAAUCAACCGCGAGAUAAACAAGGAAGGGGCCUUCUGUAUAAAUCAUCAACUGACUGCUUGAUUCAGGCUGUUCAAGGAGAAGGAUUCAUGAGUCUCUAUAAAGGCUUUUUACCCUCUUGGCUGCGAAUGAGGAGCGUACAAUGUGAUGGGAGAAGAUAGACACACCCCUUGGUCACUGGUGUUCUGGCUUACUUAUGAAAAAAUCAGAGAGAUGAGUGGAGUCAGUCCAUUUUAAGCCCUUAAAGAUGCAGCCCUUAAAGAUACAGUGUUCAUUAUCAUUGAAAUGCGGGCAUCUGCAACAUACACCCCCUAUUAUUUCUACCUCUUUAGGAAGACACCUUACUCCACAGAGACUGUGAUUUAUAGGGGGCAGCACUUUAUUUUUAUCUGGAAACCCAAGUUCUCUUUGACUCCUCUUUUUGUUCAAAAGCAAUCUGAUUGGAUCACACAAGGCCACCCAAUGAGACCCAGCACAGCGUUUUCUAAGGAAGAGUCAAAUCCUGACCACUUACCUUGAGCAAGAAGAUUCGACCUUCGAGAUGCUAUUCUAUGCUGAAGAGCUUGCUUAGAGGAGGAAAUGCCAGAAGGGAGACAGCAUCUUAGACCUGAAGCAGACAAUAGGAAUGUGGAAAAAUACAUACGUACAUAGUGACCACGGAACAUAUUUAACCUGUCGUGUCAGUACUUACGACUGAAAUUUGAUAAUUCGCUUUUCUGUUGCCGUUAAAGUGUGCAUACUUUAAAUUAAAGGGAGGUGAAAGAAUAAACAUUUUGAGAUUUCCCUAGUGUUGAAGGAAGUUGAUGUACCUUUUCUUGCCAGGAGGAUGAAAAACAAAUCAAGUUGAGAUGAUGUUUGGAUCUCAAGGGAAGAAGCCGUUUUCCGUCAGUGCCCUGUCGUUAGUUGAUCUGUGUUCAUUGGUUAGCUCUCCAGCCCACAGGCUAAGGACUUCCUGACAGCCACCAACCACAUCUUGAUGAAAACAGAAAAGAGUGUUUGCUUUGUGACAUAUCCCAUUCCAGCUUGAAUUUGUCACUAGCUCUCAAGAAUCUCAAUAUAUGAAAAACGCAGUUUAUUUGAUUAAAGCUCGGGUGGAUAGGUCCUUUUAAUAAAGAAACAUCUGUUAUCGUCAGCCUCUCGGUGGCACGUUAAAAGCAAAGCUAAGAUGAAGUCAGCCAACAUAAAUCCUUUCUUAAUCUCCCCUUCCCUAACGCUUAGGGUCCUAGAGAGAGAGAGAACUCAGAAAUCACACUAAAGCUGUCUCUAGCCUGAAUCUUAUUCAAUUUGACAAAGCCUCCUGCCUAAAAAGUGAUAAGUAUAAACUGCCUAUGGUAUACAGUUAUGUCUCCAAUCACUACAUCACAUCCCUUUUCUUAGAAAGGGGAGAGAUUUCUUCAGAUUCACCUCUAUACCACCUGUUCCCCCCAACCUCAGACACUGGGCAUUUCUGGAUGGAUGGCUACAGUUAUGGGUAGAGGCUGUAACUGUCAAAAUAGGAAAACCCCAAAAGCUCAGACCCAAGAAAGACUGUGGAGCUGACCAAACAGGAUUUAUCAUGGGCAUGAAUGAUGUGGAACAGAAAAACGUUUACAAGUACCCUGCGGUUGCACUGAUGUAUAAUCACUGCCAUUUAAGAGGGGGAGUAUGCUUUAAAAUAUAUUUUAAUGUGAUGUACUAAUAUGCAGUGGUUUAUUGUUUUUGUAGAAUUUACAGAAUGUGAAGUUUAAUCUCUUAAAAUCUUUCAGUGGUCUACUUUUCCAUUGCAUUCGUCCAUCUGUAUGAAUUGAGUUGUUAAAUUUAUUUAAAAUAAUAUUAUGUACUUAGGUUCUCAAGUGUUCUGUAUUAGAACCACUUUAGGAAACUUUGUUUUUUGUGUGUAUUUUAUACAUUUUUAAAUCAAGUAAAUAUUGGAUCAAAAUAAUUAUAUGCAAACUGGACCAUGAAAAAAUUUAUUUAGCUUUAUUCUUUGAGGGGCUUGAGGUAAAAACAUUGCUUACAUAGUGAGACUAUUCCUUGGUGUCUGGAUUCAACACGAAUAAUUGGAUUUUUUUUUAACCGGAAAUGACUCCUUAGGAUGGUCUGGUUUAAUUCUUUCAUUGUCUAAGUUAGGAAACUGAGGCCUAGAGAAGUAGAGUUGUUCAUGCUCAUAACUAACUUAGUAGCAGAGCCAGGAUAAAAAUACAGAUCUCUUAAUUAUUAUUACAACUGACAGUUAUUGUACACUGAUUAGGUACCAAGUAAAUGCCUUAUGUUAUCUUCACAACAUCCCAGUCCAGUGCUAUUGAAUCUUCCAAAAACAGAUUUUUUCUUUAUGGCAUUUCUUGUCUUAGACAUUUUAAAUGAAUUUGAAUUGCCUUUAGCAUACAUUUUAGAAUGGAGUCACCAUACUUUAGCUAAAACAUAAAGACCCUCCAGAAUCUGACCAAAUCCUGUAGAUCCAACACAUAUAUCCUAUCACAGUUGUACUUUUCCAGUGAAAUCAUUUUCAUUAAUGUAUCUUGGAACUUUGCUUUAUUUUACCACUUGAAAUCAUCUUGUUCCUCUCCAAAAUAACCCACAGUAAAUAAAAAGAAAUAAAAUUUCAGUAAUUUUGUGUCCAUACUGAAAGACAGCCAUUUCAGACUCACUUUCUUAUAAUACAACUGUUGGUGGUAUUUAUCUUCAGCUCAGUAUUGAUAAUACUUAACCUCUGAGCUUCCUUUGCUUAGCUUCCCCAUUUUUUCUCUUCACAAAUGAUUUUUUUUUCUCACUGAAAAAUACACAUGUUCUUAUUUUUAAUUAUAUACAGUCCUUUGUUUUUUAUAUGUAUAAGUGAAUUAGCAUAUCGAUCUAAAUAAAGAGAUAACAUUUCUUAAAUUCACUUUUAGUGAGGAAUAAUGUGUCUGUCAAGUGCUCCAAAUCCUAUUUGAUUAUAAGCCACUAGUGGUAGGACUAUGUCUUGUUUUUAUAUAAAUCUCUACUCUCAUUAGUAGCAUUUCUUUGCUAUUAGGUACUUAACAAAAGUUACAUAUGAUGUGAAUCAAUUAAUUUUGGCUUCAUUAUUUUAAGAUCUGUACCUAUCAUAAGACUAGUCUGAAAUUUCUUUCACUUUGCCAAGAAAAAAAGGAAGGAAACAAAUUCAGGGAGGUUUUAAGUGUAAAAAAAAAUUACUUUUCUGUCAUCUUCAAAUUUUUAAGUAUAACCAUUUAUGUACAAUUGAAAUAGUUAUACAUGUCCUUUUCUGUUAAUGAAAACAGAUUCUCUCAGGACCUCCAUUGAAAAAAUGUUUAAUUUUAAUACUUGGUGGUUAAAAACAUUGAAGGUGAAAAUAUUUGAUUCUCUUCUCCCCAAUUAAAUCAGAACUCUUUAAAAAUGAUUACCAAACAAAUAUAUAUUAUUAUUGAAUGCCAGGUAAUGUGGAGGAAAGGCUGAACAUGGAUUCUCAAGACCUUUAUCCUAUUUUGGGUUCUCCUCCUGACAAAGUAGUAUAACUAUGAUCAAGUCCUUUCACUUCUCUUCUCUUGAUGUCCAUUUCUUUAUAAGAUGAAGUGACUGAACUCUAGAAUCGUAACUUGCAUGUACUUGAAGAGAGCCAUUAUAUGAAUGUCAUGUGAAAAAUAUAUAGGAUUGAAAAAAAUUA